CACCAGCGGCAGCAGGGGUGGAAAGCGGGGAGAAGCGGAAACUACUCACCCCAGGGAGCUGUGCGUCGCUUCGAACUCUUUUUACUACUCCCUUUCCUCUUCGCUCCAAAUCUCCUGUCGAACUAAGGCUGUGUUUGCAUCUCGGGAUCAGGGAGUACCUGGUGCCCCCCCCUCCCCUGCUACCCCUACGAUGCCCCCAGCCCGCUGGCUGAGAUCGGCAGGGGCCUUCCUGCUGCCAGCCUCGCGCUGGGUAACCUGGGAGAGGCAGCUGGGUCCCCCAUGGCAGCCCUCUCUGACAAAUGGGGGCCCCGCCCUGGGGGCCCAGCACAGUGCUCGCCACUGGUGCCAAUCUCGGAGAGAGAAACCGCGAAUGAACGGAGAUCAGAAGUCAAUUUUUGCCCAAGAGAAGCAAGAUUUUGUUCAGUAUUUCUCCCAGAUUGUAAAAAUCCUGACAGAAGAAUGGACAGGACACCCUGAGGUGGAAGAUGCCAUAGCCAGGCUCAAGAAGGUCCUAGAGUACAACGCCCUCGGGGGAAAGUACAAUCGAGGAUUGUCCGUGCUGAUGGCAUUCCGAGAGCUGGUGGAGCCCCGAAAGCAGGAUGCUGACAGUCUACAGAGAGCACGUGCAGUGGGCUGGUGUGUGGAGCUGGUCCAGGCUUUCUUCCUAGUGGCAGAUGACAUCAUGGACUCUUCUCUCACUCGCCGGGGACAGCCAUGCUGGUAUAAGUCGCCUGGCAUUGGCUUGGAUGCCAUCAAUGAUGCCAUGCUGUUGGAAGCCUGCGUCUACCGCCUGCUGAAGCACUUCUGCCGUGGGCAGCCCUAUUACCUAAACCUCAUUGAACUCUUCCUCCAGUGCACUUAUCAGACUGAGAUUGGUCAAACCCUUGAUCUUAUUACAGCUCCUCAGGGCAAAGUUGAUCUUACCAGAUUCGAGGAGAAGAGAUAUAAGACCAUUGUCAAGUACAAGACGGCUUUCUACUCCUUCUACUUACCAUUUGCUUCUGCUAUGUACAUGGCGGGCAUAGAUGGGGAGAAAGAACACACUAAUGCCAAGAAUAUCCUUCUCGAGAUGGGGGAAUUUUUUCAAAUUCAGGAUGAUUACCUUGACCUUUUUGGUGACCCCAGUAUGACUGGCAAGAUUGGCACUGACAUCCAAGACAACAAAUGCAGCUGGCUGGUGGUGAAGAGCCUUCAGCUGGCAUCACCUGAGCAAAGAAAAAUUUUGGAGGAGAAUUAUGGACAGAAUGAUCCAGAGAAGAUUGCCAAAGUGAAGGAACUCUACGAGAAGCUUGAAUUGCCUGCUCUUUUCACCAAGUUUGAGGAAGAAAGUUACAGUAGACUGAUGGGGCUCAUUGAAAAGUAUUCAUCUCCCCUGCCCUCAUCCAUUUUUUUGGAAAUGGCAAAGAAGAUUUACAAACGGCAGAAAUGAUUAGGGAGUCUGAUAUGAAAGAAGCUGGGGAGGGCAGGGGACCAUGCGGGUGGAGAGGGGGGAGGAUAAACUCUCAAUAAAUUAUUGUUCUUCUA